AUGCCCUGGUUCGCCCAGAGGGGCUGCGUCCUGCCCUCCCCCACCCCCUACCCCAUGAGCCGACAUAGGCUGCUCCAAGGCCUGACCCUCCCUGUCUUCUCAGGCUCCCUGGACCUCAGACCUGGGCAGAGUGCCCCGUGCAGCCCUCCCCGCCCCGCUCUGGAGCUGGCCCAGCCCCCUCAGGACCCCAGGUCUGACUGGUCCUACCCUCCGUCCCCACCCCAGGACGUGUGCUCCCAGGAGGUGCCGCUGUCCAUGGUUGCUGCUCCUAGUGAUGACCCUCACUGUCCCCAGUGGAGGUCCAGCUGCCUGUUGCCCACAGAGGAGCAGGAGCAGGACAAUGGUCAGCCAGGCAGGGCGAUCUUGGAGGAGCCCCUGAAAGACAGACUGCUCCAGGAGGAAGCCCUCAUCGACAAAAUCAGGACCAUGUCUGUCUUGGAGAAGAACGUGGUGUUGGACACCAUCCACCUCUGCAUCAAGGAGCAAACCCAGGUGACCACCAUCCUUGGGGAUUCCGAUGGAUUUGGUGUCCAGCUCCCUGGGGUGGGGCGGUGGGGCCCAAGCCCUGUGUUCUACCUGCAGCUCAUCUGGAAGGAGGCGGCUGACACUGGCGUCCAGGAGCUCCUGGCGCCCUUGAACCUGGAACUCAAGCAGCCUUUGGAGAAGACCUUCCUCUUCCACGUUUUUGGGCUGAUCCUCAGAGAGACUACGGACCAGGAGCUAGUGAGAAGACACCUGGCAGACCUCCUGGAGCUGUCCCACCAGUCCAGCAGCCAGCGGGAGGGAAUUGCGGCGACCAUCGGCAUCGCGUCCUCCUCGCACCUGCAGGCGGUGUGGGCCUUGCUGGAGCACCUGGGCCGCACCAGGUUUCUGAGGACCGCCUUCACGUCCCCAGAGUGCCCGCAGCCAGACCCUGACAGGCACUGGAGGUGGGUCAGCAGCACGUGUCUGCUGUGCUACGGGCAGAUGGCCCUGCACGCCCGGGAGCAGAUCCUGCCCUGGGUGGACAACAUCAUCUCCAGGAUGGUCUACUACUUCUCCUGCAGCUGCUACGACAACAUCCUGAAAACCAGCUUCCUCUCAGCGGCCAUAAUGCUUACGAAAGCUCUCAGGCAGGAGGAUGGCACCCAGAGCCACAAAUUCACUCAGAUACCAGACCUUAUCCAGUGCCUCCUGCGCAUCCUUCAAAAGGAGCCCAACUUCCUGGCCACCCUCUUCCGGCAGAAGGUCAUAUUGGUCAUUGUGAAACUGAGCAGCCUGAGGCCGAGUCUCAAACCCAUGGUGAAGUCCCAGAUCCUGCAGACCUGCCUGCAGACCCUGUUCGUGCUCCCGCCCGGGGAGAAGCUGAAGAGCUGCUUACCUCUGCUAGACUUGGCCCCGGACGUCAUGGCGCUGUAUAAGAAAUCCAUGCAGGCGCUGGACCUGCUUCUCCAGAGCUUCCUCUCCGAGAACAAGAGCAUGGACGAGAUGGGCUUCCUGCUGCAGCACAUGGAGCCCUGGCUUCAGUCAGACAAGAGCCACGAGCGCAAGAGGGCGGCACAGACCACCUUCCUGCUCCUCCAGUACACGGUGGACUAUGUGACACUCACUGAAGAGGCCACACCCUCCCUGCUGGGCCACCAGCUCGGCCUGCUGGUGCUGCUGUGGAGGGACAAAGACCUGGUGACGCGAAGCCACUCCCGCCAGAGCGUCUACUUGCUUCUGCAGCUUCUGAUCCAGCAGAAGGGGAGCACAGAGCAGUUCAUUCUUCUGAAUAAGAUGAAGAACUUCGAGGCAAAGGCCCGCAGGCAGUCGGAGAUGAAGUGCUACAACGUGGUGAAGGCCUUGAACAAGAGCCUGACGGUGGCCCAGCACACGCAGCUCAUCCUCACCCUCCUGGAGAGGCUGGGCAGCCGCAGCCAGCCGCAGUGUGACCUGGCCUCGCAGCUGCUCCUGCUGCUCCUGGAGGACCGCGGCGUCAAGACAGAGCAGGUGGCCGAGAUCCUGCAGGGCCUGUUCCAGGAGCUGUCCUCUGUCGUGUUCAAGGGCGUCCUGCAGACCAUGAUGAAGGUGGUGACGGUGUUGGGGACUCAGUACACCCAAGAGACUGUCGAGGUGAUACUGUCCCUGUGUCACCCCUCCGAGAGACAGGUCCUGCCGCUGUGGAAGGCCCUGGCUGGCAGCCCGCGGCUGGCUCGCAGGGUGCUCACCCUGCUCUACGCGAAGCUGAAGCUGCGGCCCGCCGGGGAACUCCUCAGGCUCAGCCAGCCAGCGGAGCUCAUCUCCCUGCUGGCCCUGGGCACCAUUUACGAGCUCCUGUACACCCGGGAGUACAAGGCCACCAUGCGCUGGGCCUUCGCGGGCAUCCUCGUGGGCCUGCUCACCCAGCUGCGCUACCUGUUCGAGCUGGGCGCGGAGGACGCCAUCUCGGACUACGAGGAGGACGUCCUGGAGGUGCAGCCCCUCAGCCCCUGCAGGACCUGCCUGGAGGCCCUGAAGGGUCUCUUCUGGACCACCAGCUACUGGGAGGUGUUUGCCCACCUCAAGCUGCUGCGAGGCUGGGAGCUCUUCGAGCAUCUGGAAACCUACACCGAGGGAGUGACCCUCUUGGCUAGGGCCAUGGCCCACUAUGACUGUGAGGUCAAGGCUGUCCUGGGGCAGGCAGUCAUCUCCCUGAAGAGCUCCGAGGAACGGGACAACAUCGUGGCCAUUCUCCUCAUCACAGAGUUUCUCAACAGCCAAGAGCUCACCCAGUACGUGUCCCGGAGGACCAUGGACAGCGUCCUGAGCCUGGGCCUCAACCACCCCAACCAGCUGGUGCGGGCCAUGAGCCUGAAGGGCCUCAGCAGCACGCUCAUGCACCCCAAGAAGGUGGUGCUGCUCCGUGGGCGGCUGGCCGGGCUGCUGGACCGUUUCGGGAAGCCGGAGCCCAAGGACCUCAUGGGCCUGAUGGAGAUCCUGGGCGACAUCCUGCACCACCUGGGGACUCAGGGCGUCGGCGCUGCCAGCCUCAAGAUGGCCCAGCACCUGUUGCCGCUGUUCGAGGAUGAGCAGGCCCCGGUGCGGGGAGGAGCCAUCUCGCUGUUCGGAGACGUGCUCCACAGCGGCGGCAGGAAGUACCGGCCGGAGCUCAAGACCUUCGCCUUUCAGACCCUGGUGCCGCUGCUCUUCCACCUGGCAGACCCCUGCCCCGACGUGGCCAUGAACACCAAGCUCACCUUCCUGCGCUGCGCCAUUCUGCUCAAGUGGGAGUUUCGGAAGGAGCUGUUCGGGAAGCUGGCAUGGGGCCACGGCCUGGGCGCCGAGAACGACAUCUUCAUCUACAUGGUGGAGAGCAACUUCGGCAGCUAUCCCCAGUUCCUCAUGCAGGCCCUGCACUACCUCGCCAGCCCCCACGGAAACCUGAGGCGGACGGCCAUGAAGUUCAUCGGGGGCCUCCUGCACGACUACUUCACCGACCUCUGCUUUUCCCUGAAGAAGGGCCACCUGAAUGUCCUCAGGAAACGUGAGCCCCGAGGGCCGAGGACUUGGCACCUCUUUGUCUCCCGACUCCUAAGAAGGGCCCUCAACCAGCCUGUCCCAAUGCAGCUGUCUGCAGGCCCAGGAAUCCCCCAGACAGCCCAGCCAGGAAAGCGAGGGGGCAUCCCGGAGAAGGGCCAGCUGGAGGACGUCGCCACAUGCAGCCGGGCGAGCGAAACCGUGUUGGAGGUUCUGAGGAAAGAAGCCGACGAGUGA